GUGUUCUUUGCGAGAAGUGCAUCCCAAACAAAGAUGGCUUCGCCUCAGCUUUAUAGGAAAGUCUGUUUUCUGUUUGGCUAGAGUUAAAUCUGUUUUUGUAAAACAUACACUGCAUGAGUGAGCCCGAAACGGUGCCACUCGUAGCACACCAUCAAUUGUUGAGUAAUUUUAUUGACGAUCGACGAUCAAAUCAGCAAAAUGUUCAAGAAGCCCCAAAAGAAAAAUCUCCGCCAGAGAGUUGAAGAUGAUAGAGAAAUAGAUGAGCCUAUGGAGGUCGACGUGGUUGACGUAUCAAUUGUGAAAAAAGAAAAGAAAAAGAAGAAAGACGACGAAGACAAAUCGAAAACACAGAAAACCACCACCCUACUUAGUUUUGAUGAGGAUUUGCAUGAUGAUGAAGGAGAAGUUUUUCAAGUUCGUAAGUCAUCUCAAAGUCGAAAGUUGCAAAGGCAAAUGGACAAAGAGAGAAAGAAGAGAAAAGAGAAAGAAAAGCUCAAUUCUAACGGCACUAGCUCUGUGAAAGUAAAAGAAGAACCUAAAACCCCAGAUGAAGAUCUUCCUGUCAUUAAGCAAAUUCCUCUCAAGAAAGAAAAGCCUAUUAUCCUAAGCGGACGGGAAGCCGAGUUUGCCGUGGAAAGGUCUGAAAGUGAAGAGGAGGAAGCGGAGGACUCGAGCUGCAUUAAAUUCAGCAAACCAAAGCAGUUGCAUGACGCGCUUCAAAGAGGCUGUAUUCCUGACGCAGCCAUGAUCCAUGCUGCCCGAAAGUCAAGACAGAAAGCAAGAGAGCUAGGAGAUAUUAUCCCGUUGGACGAGAAAAAAUCCGAUGGUGCAAACUCCAGACUGAUCAGGGAGGAUGAGGAGGAUCACGAUGCCAGUGACGAUGAACACGGCGAAGUUUCCAGAGGGGAGAGCAAAAGGAUUGAUUUCACAGUGGACACAACUGCCAGGGACCAAGAGCGAAGGCGAGAAGUUUUCUUGGCAGCACAAGAGCAAGAGCCUAGCGAGCAACACAGUGACUUGGAUGACGACGAAGUUGAAAACUGGGAAGCUCAGCAAAUCCGAAAAGCAGUUUCAGGAGCUCAGUUGGCAGCUGCUCAUCAAGAGGCAAUCCACCAACAAGGCAUUUUCCAGCAGCAGAUUCAGCAGCAGCAGCAGCAACACACGCCAACGCUGUCCCUGAACGAAACGCCAGCUGCCGAACAAGUUUUGGCGCAAAUGCAAGCCAAAGCUGAAGCUCACACACCGGAAGAAUUGUGUCGUCUUCUCCGCGACAGGUUGUCCUCGCUGAAAGAAACGCAGCGACGGCACAAUGCUGAGCGAGGAAACCUGUUGCUCGAGAUGGACGACAUGGUCAGAAACACGGAGCAAAUGCACCUCGGCGGGCCUGAGCGCUCACACCGCUAUCAGUUCUACCAAAAUUUGCGUGGGUAUGUCACAGACUUGGUAGAAUGCUUUGACGAGAAGAUGCCAAUCGUAGACCAGCUGGAGCAGAGGUUUGCCAAUGUGCUCAAGAGGAAGUCGAGCUUCCUUGUCCAGCGCAGGAGACAAGAUGUAAUGGACCAAGCGACAGAAGAAGCCGCCAAGACCAGGUCGGUGAUCAUUGAGCAAGACGAGAAUCGUGUUACGAGGGCCGCUGAAAGAGAAGGUCGCAGACUUCGAAGGCGCAAAGUGCGAGAAGCAGCGAAACCUGCCACAGACACGAUCAACUCUAUUAAUUUGGUGCGCCACUAUGAAGGAUUGUCGUCUGACGAUGAGCAGCCGUCUGAUGAUUUACUUGCUUACAAAAAGGAAAUCGAACAAGUGAAAAAUGAGGCCGAAAAUGUGUUUGAGGAUGUUGAGGAAGAGUUCCAUCACCUUGACUUAAUCAUGAAGCAUUUUGAGGAGUGGAAAACCUACGAUUUUGACUCGUACAAAGAGGCAUAUGUAAAUUUGAGUCUGCCUAAAAUAUUUUCUCCGCUGGUUCGGCUAACAAUGCUUACGUGGAAUCCUUUAGAGGAAAACACUGUCGACUUUGAAAGAACGUCCUGGUUUCAAGCAAUGGUUGCUUACAGCGUCAGAGCUUUCACAGAAAACUUGGAAAGCUUAAAAAGUGAUCCUGAUUUCAACUUAAUUCCGCUCGUGAUAGAAACAGCAGUCUUGCCGCGUCUAGCAAGAAUCAUAAAAGACGCAUGGGAUCCAUGCUCCUCGUCUCAAACCCAAAGGCUGACCUUGACUCUGAGAAAAAUCCUGACAGAAUAUCCAAAACUGGCAACAAGAGGUCGGAUUUCCAAAUCAGUUCUGCCAGAGGUUGUCAAGAAGAUGAAAGAGGCCAUCGACAAUGACGUCUUCAUUCCAAUUAACCCGUCAAAGACCACUCCAGGCAAUGGACACUUCCCCCAGAGACAGUUUUGGGCGGCAUACAAGCUGCUCAAGAAUGUGCUUGCGUGGCGAGGCGUCAUAGGAGAUUCAAACCUGCAGGAUAUUUGCAUGGGCGCCUUGCUCGGAAGAUACCUUCUAGCCGCCCUCAGGACGUGCGAACCCAUGGACGCUCUUGAGAAGAGUAGACACUUGCUGGCUGCGAUGCCCAGGUCGUGGUUGACCAGAGAACCACAGUUUGUUCAGCUGCAGAUGUUUUCUACUCAAGUCACAAACAUUGUGAAGGCAAUUGACGUGACAACGCCUGGUGGAAGGGAUGCCAUGAUGGAGGCGCUGGUCAUACUUAAAUCUCUAGGAGCCAAGAGCACUGCAGAUGAACUUGGCAAAAUUUACUUGGAAUAAAUUUUUUUACAUAAAAACUAAAA